AUGAAGCAGUUCUGCAAGCUGUCUAAGCAGGGAAGCCCAGACUUCCCUCUCGCUGGCCACAUUCCCCAGCUUGUCCGGGGGGAUCCCAAGGAGUUCCCAGGCCAGUCAAGAGAUGCAGUCCUUCCACCGUGUCCUGGGUCUUUCUGGGGGUGUCCUCCCCGUGGGGCAUGCCCAGAAUACCUCACCAAGGAGGCAUCCAGGAGGCAUCCUGACCAGAUACUCGAGACAUCUUAUCUGGCUCCUGUUGAUGUGGACGAGCAGCGAUUACACUCUGAACCCCUCCCUGAUCACAGAGCGUCUCAUCUCACUUUGGGCCUCACUUUGCGGACUUUCCGGUUGAGUGAACGCUGGCGUGUCUGUCGCCGCUGCUCACCGACCAUUCGCUGGUUUGCUGUCGGCUGGCUCCUCGUGUCUCUUGUCCACCUGCAAGCAGGCGCACUCAUCCAGUACUCUGCUGCUGAACUUUUAAAACUUCGGCGCCACACCUGCACUCCACAGCCACCACCUGGUCUCGACAUCCAUCCGGACAUCGCCUUUCAGCCCCGUCGGAGAUACAUUCACCGCGGAUUGGGCGGUAAGCUCCAGUACAAUGACUCUUACUCCAUAAAAUCAACUUGGUCCACUACUCGCCGUCACCCCCGUAAUGCCGGCCGCGGUGUUAAUCACAAUGUCCUGGCCAGCCUGCCGAGGUCUGAUAACCCUGCGGCCAAGAACAAUUCCACCACCGUCAGCUUCGGCCUCCUUAACAUCCGCUCUCUCAGCAGCAAAGGACAUCUCAUCCAAGAUGUUCUUGUGGAUCGAAAGUUAGACUUCUUGUGCCUGACUGAAACUUGGCAGCAGCCAAAUGACUUUGCAUCGCUCAACGAGUCAGCCCCGCCGGGGUUUGUUUACACCUGCCUGCCUCGCGCGUGUGGCAGGGGCGGAGGUCUCGCGAUGUUACACCGCGAGAGUUGGAAAGUCGUGCCCGUCCCUGCUGAUCCCGUGUUCUCCUCGUUCGAGUACUCUGCCUCACUGCUGCCUGGACCCUCUCCUACAAUUGUUGCUACUAUCUACCGUCCUCCAAAACAUAAUAAGGACUUUUUAAAUGACUUCUCCAAUCUCCUUACACUUUUCUCAUCUCUGACAUCAAACACAAUUAUUCUUGGUGACUUUAAUAUUCAUAUGGACAAUAACAGUAAUGCUCUCUCCAAAAACUUGUUAUCUUGUCUAGAAAGUUUUGGUCUGCAACAAUACAUUAAUUUCCCAACUCACUGUAAAGGUCAUAUCCUGGAUUUAGUCUGCUGCUCUGGUAUCACUCCCUUCGACUGUAAACCACAUAUGCUCCCGUACACUGACCAUAGACUCAUUACUUUCAAUGUCAACCUCCUUCUGUCCAGAAUCAUUCUCCCCCGGACCAUCUCAUUCCGUAGAGUUAAGGACAUCAACAUUGAGACUUUUUCUUCUGAAAUUAUCAAUUUUCCCAGUCCACAUGCCAACAGCUCACCGGAUGACCUGGUUUCCCACUACAACAACAAUCUCCAUACUCUUCUGAAUACUCAUGCUCCACUGAAAACCAGAUCUGUCUCUUUCACCCGCUCAGCUCCCUGGUUCACUCCUGCCCUCCGUCAGCUCAAAUCCCAAGGACGACAACUGGAACGACUCUAUAACAAAACUGGACUCACUAUACACAAAGAAAUGUACAAUAACCAUGUAAUGCUAUACAAGGACAGUCUCUCCUUAGCAAAAUCUGCUUAUUACUCUGGUGUCAUCCAGUCCAAUCAACACAACUCCAGAACUCUCUUCUCUCUCCUCACCAAUAUUACAAAGCCGCCUGACUCUCUUCCCCACCACAUGCAAUCCACUGACUUCUGUAACUCACUCAUGUCUUUCUUUGUCUCCAAAAUCUCCGACAUUCACCAACAUCUGGCCUCGUGGGGAGCUGCAGUCUCUGGAGUGGACUUCACCGCCCCCUACUCAUCCCCCAUAAUCACAUUCUCCAGUUUUAUUCUCCCCUCCAUCCAAGCCAUCUCUGAAUCUAUGCUCAAAUCCAAACCCUCUACCUGUCAGCUCGAUCCAAUCCCUACAGCUCUUGUCAAAACCUGCCUCUCCCCACUUGCUCCCCUCAUCACCAACAUCAUUCACUCCUCCCUAAUUUCUGGAACUGUCCCUCUUGCACUUAAAACCGCUACAGUAAAGAAUAAUCUUCUCCCUCAACCUGAGUUAUACAUUCAUAUGUCUGCAACAUGA